AUAUAAAGCAAUUCACUUCAUAUGCAUGCUCUGUUACUAGCUAUUUCUGCCUCAUCUCUCUCUUCCUCUCUUUCUCUCGUUGGCUUCGAUUUUUACUCUCUCGUCCUACAGAAACGAGAAAGCAGAAGAGACACACAUAAUCACAGGAAAAGUAAAGCCUUACCUACCUCUCAUGGCAGUUGGAGCUUGCUACAAUACUUAUCUUUCAUAUUAGGUUUGCCACACCAGUAAUCUUUUUCGUUAGUCAGAAUGAUGAACUACUUCAAUACCAGAAUGGAUUCAUCGGCGAUUAUUCCUGAAAGUUUAUUAUACUGCGAUCAAUCGCCUAUUCGGGAUGUGAAGACCUCCAUGAACAAGGCCGAUAGUGGGCUCACUUACUACAAUGUUCCCGCCCUCAGAAAGCGGGCGAGAGAUUCCAUGGGCGACUUGUUUUCUUACCCUCAGAAGCGUAAACUUUCCGGUGAAUCUCUUUUUGUUGAACAAGACAUGGCCCCUCAGAUCCAUAAUCCGCAGUCUGACAUCGAUUGCUUCGUUUCCCAACAUGCGGAAAAAGUGCGAUUUGUAUUAGAACACCAACGCAAUCUGCAAGCGAGAAUGGUGGUGUCAGCGUUCGAAGAACAGAUGAAGAAAAAACUUACAGAUAAAGAUAUGGAGAUUAUGAGAAUGACAAAAUACAACUGGGUGCUUCAAGAGAGAGUGAAAAGCCUCUCCAUUGAGAAUCAGUUGUGGAAAGACUUGGCUCAAUCGAAUGAAGCCACGGCCAACUCCCUCCGCUCAAACCUCGAACAAGUCCUCUUGGCGAACGUUAGCGAAGAACACCACAACCCCAACAACGAGGCCGUUGCCGUAGACAUGGCCAAAGAGGCCGAGUCGUGUUGCGGGAGCAGCGACUUCGGAAGGGAAAGGGAACAUAUAAACGACGACGACGACAACAACGACAUGGGUCAAUUCGUAAAGCGAAACGAUGGCGUUGCGGAGGCCGGAGACGGUGGGUGUGAUGACGUGGCGUACGGCGGUGGAGGGAGGAUGAUGUGCCGGAAAUGUGGGGUGAGGGAGUCGAGGGUGUUGGUGCUGCCAUGUAGGCAUCUCUGCCUUUGUACUAUGUGUGGGUCCACACUCCGCAGUUGCCCUGUAUGUACUUCUGUCAUGAAUGGCAGCGUGCAUGUUAAUUUCUCUUGAAAAUUAGUUUUCUUUUACCGACUAGAAAACAAUUUAGAAAAAGAAAUAGUAAAUGAAAUACUUUCUUUUUUUUUUUUCGCAAAUCAGUUAAUAAUAUUCUUUUUCUUA